UCCAGCUCCCUCCGCCGACGUCAGCGUCAGCACUGGCGAGGGAAGGGGCGGGGAGCGCAGGAAGCGGUCCUUCCUGCAGCGGCCGCCGCCAGCCGGAAUGGCAGCUCAGAGCCGGUGAGCUCCGCAGCGCAGCGCGGCGGCCCGGAGAGUUCCCCUCCCCUCCUCCGGUGCCCCCGCCUCCCUCCCAGCGAGGACAGCGAGGGCGACCGCUCUCGGCAGGACCCCCGGAAUCCGGGAAUGAAUGGCCGACCUUUGGGGCUGGUUGGCCUGAAGAGGGGACAUUCGACCUGCCAACCAUCUACAGAGUAAAGGAUAUAAUUUAUGGCCGUCCAGAACACCCUGAUCAGGCUGUGGUGCUGCUCACUGAAGCAGAGGACCAACAGAUGCAGUAUUGGCCAUUUGCAACUAGCGACCUCUACAACUGGAAGCUGCAGACAGCUAAAUUCCCUGAAAAGCACCAAGGUCUAAUUGAUUUGCUAGAAUCUGUUUUGUUUACCUACCAGCCCACUUGGGAUGAUAUGCAGCAGCUUUUGCAGGUCCUGUUCACCACUAAAGAAAGAGACCGGAUCCUGGUUGAAGCCUGCAAGCUGGUCCCUGGGGUGGAUGGGAAUCCCACCACCAAUCAGGCCCUGAUAGAUGAAGCCUUUCCCCUGGUUAGGCCGAAUUGGGACUUCAGAGUGGCUGAAGGUAAGGAGAGGCUCUGGAUCUACCGCCAGACUCUAAUGGGGGGUUUCCAGGUGGCCGCAAGGCAUCCCACCAAUCUGGCCAAGAUUAGUGGUGUGCAGCAAAGGAGAGCAGAAUCACCCGCAGCAUUCCUAGAAAGGAUCCUUGAGGCGUUCCAUACCUAUACUCCAAUGGACCCAGAAGCACCUGAGAAUAAGAAUGCAGUGAUCCUGGCAUUCAUGAACCAGUCUGCAACUGAUAUUAGGCACAAAUUGCAGAAAUUGGACAGACUGGCAGAUAAAACCCUGCCAGAGCUUCUGGAAGUGGCUGAGAAAGUCUACAAUCAUCAAGAGAGUCCUGAGGACAAGCAGGCCCAGGUCGCCGCCACUGCCAGUGCCAAGCAGACCUGUGACUUUGCUAAGAUCCUCCUGGCCACAUCGACCAGGUCCCCAGAGCUUACUUCUUAA